GUGAGCUGUGAUUGGUCACAGCUUGUCACAUGGUACAAGGCUGCUGUGAAUAGCCUUGUACCAUGUGACCUCUGUGAUCAUUCACAGAUUUCACACGUAGUAAGCAAUGAUGUCACAAGUGACAUCUUGCUUACUACUUUGCAUGUGAUCACUGAUUGGCCAAUCAGUGAUCACAUGAUCGGGACCUCGUACAGAGGUCCCGUCCGACGAUCGAAAUGCACUCAGCUCCUAACGGUGUUGGAGGCUAAAGCUGGCCAUACACUGGUAAAAUUACAUUUGAAAUUUUGU